GCGUUACAGCGAAAGGCAGGCGGAUACAUCCAUGGGGCGGAACCCUGAGCAGACAGUUCUCUGUUUCUGUAGGAACCUUUGAAGUUAGUUUGACAGCCAUUGUUGUCUAUGGUUGUUGUGACAGGUGAAAAGGCCAGUAGAUAUAGAUUUAUUACCCGGUAAGACUUUUUUUUAAAGCUACAGGGUUCAGCUGAGAGGUGGACAUGGUCUCCACGAUCCAGAACACCGACGUGAAGCAGUUGGAUGAAGAUGUUCUGUGUUUCCUCUGCAGAAAGAUGCUGAUCGUGCAGUCGUUGUCGCGGUAACGUCUCGCGCAGUGUUUGAAUCUGGAGCUGAUGGGGAUGAUGUGUACGGAAUGGGCGUGGCUUUCCCGCUGCUGCAGGCGCUGCAGAGAGUGAACGAACGUCUGCUGGAGGAAAAUCCUGCUGAGUCGCUGCUGUUUGAUGUCGUCCUGAUCACCACCGACAGCCAGCAACAGCAGCAGAGCUCCCGCAUCAUCAGCAGCACCAGACAUUACGGUCUUGAAGUCAGCAGGUUCUGUUUUUCCAGCGAGGAGGAUUUUGUCGAAAGUUUACAGAAGAAUAACGUCCAACUCUUCCUGUCGACGGACAGAAAUGAGGUGCCGCAGGCGUCACAGAAAGGUGUUCUCUCGGCCCUGCUGGACCGGCAGGAAGCUCCAUCAGAGCAGCUCAGAGUAAUGUUCUGCGGGGACGCCGUCAACCGGCCCGACGCUGGCCCAAUGCCGGCGAGCCGACAGGCCGCUCAGAGUUUCUCAGCUCAGCUCGGCGAGAUGCGGCAGAGGUUCGGCAUGUCGGACAGCCCUCUCAGCAUCGUUCUCAUGACGUCACACGGUGGCAGGGAAAGCUGUGGCGGCGCCCUGCGGACGCUGCGAUCCCGCGGCGUGAACGUGGAUGAGGCGUACUGCCUGGCCGGGGCCCCGCUGAGCCCCAUCCUGUCCGUGGUCCGACCUCACUUCCUGCUCAGCGACGGCUUCAGCGGCCUGGAGGACUGAUGACAUCAUGAGGGGAAUGUACUGUCGCAUGACCUCACAAAAAAAAAAACAACCGCUGAAACAAGCUGCCAAAAUCCUCAGACCGAACGCAAAGUUGAACACCGGUUUGAACGAAUUGUUUCAGCUCGUUGAGCCUUAAAAAGCCAAUCAGUGAUCCUGAUGUAAAGCUAAGCCCCGCCCACCACCAAAAUACAAACUACAGGAUUGGACACUGUCUGACUUUAUAUCUUUUGUAGACUAACAUGUUUAGUUUAGUUUUUUUAGCUCUCUAAUUGGAUGAUAAAAAAUAAACCUGAAGGAAUCAGCAUGUGCGUAACUGAUCCAGUCUAACUGGGAUGUUUUAAAAUGUAAGUUUCUAAAUUCUUCACUAAAAUGAAUGUGUUUGACCUUUGGCCCUUAAUGCUAAGACUGCUGAGCUGAUGCUGUUUAUAUUCUUUAGUUUCAUCACUUCAACUGAUUUCAAAGUUUCUUGUUGUUGAUUCAGGAACAGUUUCCUUCUUUGUCUGUUACGUUGUGUUUACUUGCAGCUGUAAGUUUGAUUACUGUCUGUAUUUGAAAACUCUUCAUGUCCUCUGCUGCUCCGUCACUUAGUUUUAGACUCAGCAGUGCUCCGGUUCAGGAUGUUGAUAGAACAGAGCAGCCUCCUUCUGUUUCUGAACCUCUGUGUAUAUGGUAAAAAAGUGAUAAAUCACAGAGCCGCAAAGUCCUGAAAGAUAAUAUUUUUUGUAUCUUGUGCAGUGCACACAACAUUAAAAAUCUCAGUACUUGUCUAUCCCAGUACCACGCCUGUGGUCUAUGAAAAAUGUGUACAUAUGAACUAUUAAAAAGAAAAAGGGAAAUACA